CCUUCGCGCCCCAGGCCGUCCCACUCCCUUCCUCCCGCCGCGGAUCCGCCAGACAGCGAGGCCCCCGGCCGGGGGCAGGGGGGACGCCCCCUCCGGGGCACCCCCCGGCUCGAAGCCGCCCGCGGGGCCGGCCUCAGCCGGGAACGGAGGAAGGAGCCGCCGAGGAGCAGCCCAAGGCCCCAGAGUCUGAGACGAGCCGCCGCCGCCCCCGCCGCCGCCGCCGCCACUGCGGGGAGGAGGGGGAGGAGGAGCGGGAGGAGGGACGAGCUGGUUGGGAGAAGAGGAAAAAAGUUUUGAGACUUUUCCGCUGCCGCUGGGAGCCAAAGGCGCGGGGACCUUCGCGCAGCGCUGCUCCGCGAGGCAGGACUGGGGGACCCCAGACCGCACCUCCGCCCUGCACUGCCUCGGACGCUUGCUCCCUUCCUUCCCCCCACACGGCGUUCCCCGGGCGCCCCCAUUCCGGACCAGCCCUCAGGAGCCUCAUACCCGACUCCCGCGAGGACUCGACCCCAGACAUCGGUCGCACCCUCCCGCACGGCCCCCAACUCCUAGCCUCUCUCUUGAGCCCCCGCGCAUCCAAGGACCCUUCUCCUCCGGGAUCCAGGAGACGGGAUCAAUCUCAGACCUGCCUCAGCUUUCCUAUUCAAGACCACCCACCUUUGGUACCAGAUCUCGCUCAUCUCGGUUUUUGCCGUGGGAUACCGAGAACACACCCAUCAGAGCCGCCCCUCCAGCUCCGCUCCGUCCUCCCUGAGGGCCUCAACUCCCUCCCUCCCCAGACCCUCCUACCUUUCCUCGGGAGACCCCCCCCCCCAGCCCCUGUAGGGGCGGGGCCUCCCUCUUCCCACCCCAGCCCGGCUUGCGCUCUCGGCUGUGCCGGGGGCGCCGCCUCCCCCAUGCCGCCCUCGGGGCUGCGGCUGCUGCCGCUGCUGCUGCCGCUGCUGUGGCUACUAGUGCUGCCGCCUGGCCGGCCGGCCGCCGGACUGUCCACCUGCAAGACCAUCGACAUGGAGCUGGUGAAGCGAAAGCGCAUCGAGGCCAUCCGCGGCCAGAUUCUGUCCAAGCUUCGGCUCGCCAGCCCCCCGAGCCAGGGGGAGGUGCCGCCCGGUCCGCUGCCCGAGGCCGUACUGGCUCUUUACAACAGUACCCGUGACCGGGUGGCCGGGGAAAGUGCCGAACCUGAGCCUGAGCCAGAGGCGGACUACUACGCCAAGGAGGUCACCCGCGUGCUAAUGGUGGAAAACAGCAACGAAAUCUAUGGGAAAAUCAAGCGUAGUCCACACAGCAUGUAUAUGCUCUUCAACACGUCGGAGCUCCGGGAAGCGGUGCCCGAACCUGUGUUGCUCUCUCGGGCAGAGCUGCGCCUGCUGAGGCUCAAGUUAAAAGUGGAGCAGCACGUGGAGCUGUACCAGAAAUACAGCAAUGAUUCCUGGCGCUACCUCAGCAACCGGCUGCUGGCCCCCAGCGACUCGCCGGAGUGGCUGUCCUUUGACGUCACUGGAGUUGUGCGGCAGUGGCUGACCCACGGAGAGGAAAUAGAGGGCUUUCGCCUCAGUGCCCACUGUUCCUGUGACAGCAAAGAUAACACACUCCAAGUGGACAUUAACGCAGGGUUCAGUUCCGGCCGCCGGGGUGACCUCGCCACCAUUCAUGGCAUGAACCGGCCCUUCCUGCUCCUCAUGGCCACCCCGCUGGAGAGGGCCCAGCACCUGCACAGCUCCCGGCACCGCCGAGCCCUGGACACCAACUACUGCUUCAGCUCCACGGAAAAGAACUGCUGCGUUCGGCAGCUCUACAUUGACUUCCGCAAGGACCUGGGCUGGAAGUGGAUUCACGAACCCAAGGGCUACCACGCCAAUUUCUGCCUGGGGCCCUGCCCCUACAUCUGGAGCCUGGACACGCAGUACAGCAAGGUCCUGGCCCUGUACAACCAGCACAACCCGGGCGCGUCGGCGGCGCCGUGCUGCGUGCCGCAGGCGCUGGAGCCGCUGCCCAUCGUGUACUACGUGGGCCGGAAGCCCAAGGUGGAGCAGCUGUCCAACAUGAUCGUGCGCUCCUGCAAGUGCAGCUGAGGCCUCGCCCCUCCCGACAGGUCCCGCCCACCCCGGCAGGCCCGGCCCCGCCCCCCACCCGCCUCAUCAGAGUUGUAUUUAAGGACACAGCGCCCAAGCCCACCUGGGGUCCAUUAAAGGUGGAGAGAGGACUGGGUCUCUGUGUCGUUGGGCGCCUAACUAGGGUUUCUCUUCCGACGUUCCCCGACCUCCCCCCCAAUGCCCCCUGCAUCUCCUUACAUUUACACUUACAUCUGCCUCCUCCUGUCUCUGCCCAUCAUUCAUUUGCCCCUCCUCACACAAACACUUCUUAGCGCUUGUUAUGUUUCUUACUCCUGGUGAACAAGGGUUAGAUUUAUUUAUUGAGCACCUUGGACCCUUAUGUUAACUCAUUUAACCACCAUAACAAAGCUCUGAGAUAGACUCUGAUAACACCCACUUUUAAUGUAAGGAAAUGGAAGCCCAGAGAGGUUAAGGGAAUAGUUCCUGCCUACCAGGAACCUACUUUCUGGGGAGGAGACAGACAUAGUAAAGUUGUGCGAAAACAGGAAAGCAGGAUGGGUAAGAGGUGGCUUUGGGGAGGAGGGAGGGCUUCUUGGACGAGGUGGCAUUUGGGACUUGAAGGAAGCCAAGAAGGCAGCCUGGGGGAGGGUGUUCUUGGUAGGAAGACAAAAGCAAAGGCCUGGAAGUGAAGAUGAACUUGGGGUGAGCUACACAGGCAGGAAAGGGGCCAGUGCGUUUGGAAGGGAGGGGCAAGGGGAAGGGUGUUAAGAUCUGAGUCAGAAAGUAACACUCACAGGCCAGAGGAUAAUAACAACAAUUCUCCACUCCACUCUACUAGCUCACGGCAUUCUCCCCACAGCCCAAGAGAGCAUGGGUUGGCAAACUAUUGCCUGCAGGCAAAUUCUGACUUGCUGCCUGUUUCUGUAAAUAAAGUUUUUUUUUUUUCCUUUGCGGUAAGCGGGCUUCUCACCGUUGUGGCCUCUCCCGUUGUGGAGCACAGGCUCCGGACACGCAGGCCCAGCGGCCAUGGCUCACGGGCCCAGCUGCUCCGCGGCAUGCAGGAUCCUCCCGGACCGGGGCACGAACCCGUGUCCCCUGCAUUGGAAGGCAGACUCUCAACCACCGCGCCACCAGGGAAGCCCUGUCAAUAAAGUUUUAUUGGAGCACA